AUGACGUCCUCGAGUAAGAAGGGCUUUACAAAACAAAUUGCGAUUGACGUAGAAGAUAAUUUAGUGAAGCCACCGUUGUCGCCACAUAGCGUCAACCUCGGACUAUUGGUGUUUUUGACAGUUGCCUGGGUGUUUUCCUUUAUACUGUCCGCGUCGACAUUGACAAGUAGCGCAUAUGUUCGCUGGAAGACAUACGAUCUGCAUAAUAAUGUAACUGCCGUUUCUUGCGUUCCGGAUCCUAUUAAUGACUUUGCUAUUAUUCACAUUGAUUGUCCUAUCAAGUCUAAGCACCCAUUCAAACCGCCUUCUGAGUUCAGCAGUAACUUACCGGAGUUCGAAGGAGUAUUUUAUGACAUGAUGGUUGAAAUGUAUCAGGCACACUUCUCGCGGUUUUCUGUUGGCGGGAACGGAGAAUGGUAUGACCAUCUCCUGGACGGAGGAACAAUUGAUUAUUUUCCUGCAGUGCCCGGUUCCGGACGAAGUUUUGCACCUGAUGUCUAUGCUGGUGGCUUCAAGAUCGACACUGAGAGCUUAAACGCUUUCCACGGGAAGAAGCAGCUGCCGUUGCAUGACGACGGGGUCUACGACCCGUCCCCGCAGAGGCCGCCCCCAAAGAUUUCUAAUCGAAACACACGUGUGUACGAGAAUACUUUGUAUACAGGCGAUCCCUUCAGGCCCCGACUCGGCGAUGUUCGGAUAACAUUUUAUGGGUCUGCUGCCACCCACGUGUCUCUAAUUGGGGUACAGGAGCCGAGCUCCUACCUUUGGCAGUUUCUUCCGCACCGCCGAAUAACCGGUUUCAGAGACGUCUUUGCUCCAGAGGGCAUGGAUGAGCACCAUCUAAUCAUCCGUGAGGGCGACUACACUUCGGAUGAGCUUAUUCGAGCAUACGAACGACAAAAUAACGCAUUCCAUUCCAUCCAUUGGUGGUCUUUGGCAAUUUUCGGAUUCACCACAGCCUUGCUCGCGGUAUGCGCACUACGGAAGUGGCGGCACAACAGCCAAGCCGCCAGACAGCCUCUGGUACUUACCGCACUCGUCGGCGUUCUCAUUGCCCUCGGUACAGUCUUGUUCGUGGCCAGUGUACCGAACAUGUUUGGUAUGUGGUAUCUUGGGGCGGUUCAGGCAUUGGCCGGACUUCUGGUAUUGGCCGCAGCCGGCUGGAUGGAUCAGCGAGCCACCGAAGGUUUGCAGUACCUUCCACUUCGACAUGUUCCGGUCAUGAAGCAAUCAUCCCAAACGAAACCGCAGUCAGCCUACGUCGCAAUUUAG